UCCGUGAGGCGCCCCGCCCCCUCCUCUGACUGGCUGCCUAGCACCAACGCCCGCCCCGCCUCGCUGUUGACAGACCCGGGAGUCGAAGCGGUCGGAGGGCUUUACGGCUGUGGAAUGCCGAAAAGUAUGUUAUGUAUAAAAGUGGCUACUUUCCAUAAUAAAUGAAAAUGGCCAAUUCUUUGAGAGGAGAAGUACUGAAUCUUUAUAAAAAUCUGCUGUAUCUCGGACGAGACUAUCCAAAAGGAGCAGACUAUUUUAAAAGGCGUCUGAAGAAUGUUUUCCUAAAAAACAAAGAUGUGAAGGACCCAGAGAAGAUCAAAGAACUUAUUGGACGGGGUGAAUUUGUAAUGAAAGAGCUAGAAGCCUUAUACUUCCUUAGGAAAUACAGAGCGAUGAAACAACGCUAUUAUUCAGAUACCAACAAAACUAACUGAUCUAUAGUACUAUAAUUUGACUGGAAUUCAGUGCCAGCUCUUUAUGUACACCAGAUAACAGUAUUUGCAACUUAAAAUGGCAAGAUGUACACAUUAUGUAAAAAAUACCUGAGCUGCCUUAAUGAACUAAAAUAAGCAACUCUGGUUCACAAAGCUUUAUCAACAACCCUUUGUUAAUUUUUAUACAAAAUCAGCAAUAUAGCCAACUACCAAUUAAAAAUUAACGAGUA